AUGGUUUCUGGUGGCACUUUUCCCUACUCCAGUUUUUCCCAGAAGAACAAUCCUCAGCUCGCCUUCACUCUCAGCUGUACCUUCACAGAAGGAACCCCUCUCUCAUACUCAUAUAUUUUUUACUGUUUCUGCAGUUGCAGUUUCAUCUGUGUAAUUGCGGCGCUAUUAAACAAAGUCUCUCUGCAGGUCACAGUAGAAGCUGUUAUCGGUGGUUCUGUUCUUCUGACUUGUACUUCAGCUGCACGUCAUAAACUUCAAGACACUGAAGUGCACUGGAGACACAACGGCAGCAGGAUUGUGUUCGAUAUAAUCAAGGGUGAAGAUUCACUAGAGAAACAGCACCAGUGGUACAAGAACAGAGCUGAAACCUUCCCUGAAGAGUAUAUGAGAAGAAACUUCUCCAUCAAGCUCAAUGAUCUCAGUCAUGCCGAUGCAGGAAAAUACAUCUGCUACAUCAAACCCUCAGACGAACAGGAGACUGUAAAGUUGAUCCUCAAGGAUAGAGAAAACGAGAAAGAAGAAUAUGCCGGAGCAGUUAGUGUGGGGACGCCAUCACACUGUGUUUACAUUGCAUUAUUUACAGUGCUUAUAGCCUGAUACAAGAACAAAUAUAGGUUUUCUUUGUUAUUUCAUGUCUAUGUUAUGUUUAUGAUAUAAAACGUCUACCAGUAAAGAGUUAACAGUGACUGUCAGACUUUGGGGUGCUAAUUGGUUUAAUCUAACUUACAUUUGAUUAUCACACCCUGUUCUUGCUUAUGAUGUUUUGUAUGUUUAGCUGUUCGUAUAAAAACAUAUACACAAAUUAAUACCUAAAUAGGGGCAUAAUAGUAUACUUAACUUGUGAUAUAAAGUUACAUCUUCAAAAAGUGCCAACUUGUAUCUCAAACAUAUAGUUUUGUUCUGUUAGUUUUUUUGGCGUAUUCCAGUUAAAGUGUCUAAACAUUCCCAAAACAAGUAACAUAUUUAUUUCAGACGCAAAUAUUAAAAUAUUAAACCUUGUUAAUAUCUUAACAGCAAAUCAAACUGUUCUGAAGCAUAAACAACAAAAUAAAAUGCUGAAGAAAAAAAAAAAAACUAAACAAAACACUGAAAUGUAUUAUUCACCCCCGGUUUCACAGACAAAGCCUAAACCUAGUCCAAGUCUAAAAUGUAAAUCUGAGCUGUUUCUUCUGAAAUAAAAUUUCACUGACUGAUUUUAAAACUUGGCAGUGUUUGCAUUUACUUUAUCUUAAGCUUUUUUCUAAGGCAUGUUUAUAAGAAUUACUUAAAUGUCCUAACUAUCCUAAUAGUCACAGCCAAAAAUAUUGGCACCCUUGGUAAAUAUGAUCAAAAAAAGCUGUGAAUUAUUCUGCAUUGUCAAUCCUUUUGAACUUCUUAUCAU